CUCACGUAAUACCCUCUUCUCCCUUUCCUUCUCUCUCUCUCUCCGGCUACUUUUCUUUGCGACUCCCACAGCCACCCUCCUCUCUCUCUAAAAUCAAAGAAGAAAUGGACCAGCAGUUUCUACAGCUCUGUGCCUCCAGGGAUGGUGAUCAUUGCCGAGUACACCGAUUUCGAUGGGGAAUCUCACCAUCAUCGCGGAUAUCACCGAUAAGCGGUCUUGAUUUCCAGAGGCGACUCUAUUCCAGAUCUGUCCAAAUCUCCGGCCACAAACAUAGCUACGCCAUGCGGGUGUUUAGCACAGACCUGAUUCUGUUUGAGAUCUAUACAUUUAGGUCUACAGUUCAAGUAAGUUUUCUAAGAUGAUUUCGGUUGUACAGUUUGGUUCAAAACCUUGGCUAUCGUAAAUUUUCCUUGCUAUUGACAUCUGUUACUUUAGAUCUGCUGAAAUUUCCUUACUAACCGAAUGGAUUGUUCGUUAAAUUUUGAUUUCCUACGUAGGUGUAGAUUUCGAUUAGUGGAUGUGAAAAGUGCAGGGAAAUUUAUGAGAAGUAAAGGAGUAUUUGUUGCGGUAAAUUGAACUCUACAAACAUCGAACACUUGAUUUGGGGAUGUUAGGAUUGAUAGUCACGGACUCUUGCUCAAUUAGAAAAAAAUGUUAUGCUGCUUUUUGUGUAUUUUUUUGUGAUGAUUUUUUGGGGAUCAUGCUCAAAAGUUGUUCCACAUAUCCGCCGCACAUUUGUUAAAGAACACAGUUGAUGCAAGUUAAAUACAAUCCAUUGCUUUUAUUACUUUUACCAUCAGUCAAAGUGUAUGACAACUUCAUAUUUUCAAUUAAGAAAAUUUGGCAUUGAAAGAAUCACAGAAAAUGAGUCAAAUGACUACUCAUGAUACUGCAUUUGUUUUGUAUGUGAAAACAUGCAAUUAUUGGUUUGGUUGAAUAUCCCAGUGCAAAUUCAACGUGGUCCGAGUCCAUGAAAAAUGUGCUGAUGAACCUCCUCCAUAUUCUAACUUGACUGAAGUACUUCAUUCUCCAUCAUCACUUUAAGAGAACACCAAACUGACAUUUCUGGUGCAUUUUGGAGAAACACUAGGCACAUUGAAAAUCACUUAUGAGGUUGAUCUUGACUCACCACAUGCAAUUACCAUGUCAACGAAGAACCAACAGGAGAAAAAAAUAAAAAAUAAACUCCCGUUUUUUAAAGCUUAACUUGUGUUGAAGCAUAUAUACCGUCUAAUGUCAACAACUCAUGGGCUUUAACUUUUCAAGGCCUAACUACAAGCUGCAUAUGAUAGGAAGUGUUGUAUAAGUUAGACUUAACAUAUUACCCUAUUAGGUAUGAUCCCGAAGAACAUUUUGGCUUAUGCACUUUUGUUUUUGUUUGGCUAGAAAUUGUAAUAGGAUGUAUAUGUUUCCAACACUAACGUUGCUUUCCUUUUGGUAAUCUCAACCAGUAUUCUAUCUACAACGUUUUGCCUUGAGUCAUCGUUGAGGCAGUGCAUGCUUGUAUUUUCAUGCAAAAAAAUGCUAUUUUGGUUACCAAUAUUACAAUAAGGCAGGCCAAACCCAGGUUCAGGCCAACGUUAGUAUUCACUAGGUUGGUGGUUUAUGAAUUUCAUUGACUGUUUCAGCCUCUGAUUACUAAAGUGAUUAUGUAUGUAUGUGUGUGUUUUCCUUGGCCAAGCCAAGACUUAGGAGUGGGUGCAGACUGCCCAAAGUACAGCGAACAAGGCCUGUGACAAGGCAGCUGAUUCUAAGGAUGAGGCCCAACAAUGGAAAGAGCCGAGUGCCAGAUAGAAUUAUCCACCAGGAAAAACUGGGUUAGAGAUCUGAUGCAUCACCUCUGCGAGGUUGGUAGGAAACGUAGAUGGAAAGGAACAAGGAACAGAAAUCAGUUGUCAAAUGACACAGCAAAAUUAGAAAACAUGACAGCAUGGCAAUCUUCAAUUUUUCAAGUGUUUUUCUUUUCUUCAGUUUCAUUGUCCGUUUUCAUUUUGCGUGUUUUCAUGAAUGAAAACAAAAAGUUCAAACCCAUUCAUCAUUUUCACAACAUACAGUUUUCACGACAUCUGUUUGGUGUUACCUGGAAGCGGAAUGCUUCCAGAAAAAUAGAUUUGAGUCAGAAACAGUUUGCCAAACAACUUUCUGUGUUUGACAAUGACAAAAGGGAAAACAGAAACGUUCAGAAGAGCUCCACUUUAGUUCUUGUCCGGUGUUUGUUUCAGCAUUACCUCGUCAGAGCACACCCGGCAAUAGGAAAAUUCUCAUAUGCAGGUUGACUGCAAAAUUAAUAUUUCCCGACAGAUAGGAAAAUCGUUAUGAGAUAGUUACAGGGAGAAAGACAAGUGUAACCUAUUUGUUUCUUUGCAUUACUUUUACGGAGGUUAACAGCCAGCUGGGAAGCUGAAAAAGAGUCAAAUUGUUUUCAGUGGCAGUGGCAUAUGAACAAUACAGCAUUGUCAACACCGAAAUAAUUUACCACAAGCAUUUAUGAUCAAUAUCACGAGGAGGGAACAUGAAUAAAUUUAUAAGAAUGGUAUUAAUCUAAGGCCUUCUGGAACAUCAAGUGGUAAGUCAUGAAACUUUGCUCAUACCCAACAUGUUCAGCAACAGAACUUAUAACUGGCAUCCAUUUUUCUGCUUUAGCAGCGUGCGUCUACGACUUAUAAGAAGCAUAACAAAAGAAGCAAAUAGUUAGAU